AUGUACUCUAAAAUAAUGAUAAUUAAUAUUUAAUAUAAAUAUUUACAAUUAGAAAUUUAUUAAUUAUGGUUAAAUUUCAUCUUAUUUAUCAAAAUUGUUUAUUGCGUGGAGAAUUUUGAUUUAAUUAAGAAGGAUUAUACUAACUUUUUAAUUUUGAAGCAUUAGUAAAUCUUUUGGGACUAUUAUUUUUUGAGCUAUUUCUAGAUUUUGAUAUUUUAAUAUUUGGGGUCUUUGAUCUUACAGGAAUUACUAUUUUUUAAUCAUUAGUUUAUUAGGCUUUUACUUCUUGCUAUUAAUUGCAUAUUGUUUUUGGUAAAUUUUAAGAUACAUAGUUAAAUAAUUAAUCUUAAGGUUCUAAAUGUUAUAUCUGCUAUCCAUGGGGAGUGUUAGAACAAAAGGUGUUUUAAAGUACUUAAGGUAAUUACAUUUGUUAUUAUUAUCUACUUGGAUGAUUAUAUGAUUUUCUUCUCUUCUUUGAAUUAGAAGAAGAAGGAUGCUAUAUUUGAACUGUGUUAGUAGGAUAUUAAUUAUUAUCCUAUUAUGGAUUAAUAUUAAAAUUAUUAUUUUCUUAUAAAUUGUAUGACUUGUUUUGCUUAUCUACAUAUUUUGGGGUUUUUUAGAAUCCGUUUUAAGUUUAAUUCAAAUUACUAGGAGAUAUUGCUCUUCCUGUAACACUGCUAUGCUAUUUAUUACGUUUAUAAAAAUUGA